AGCACGUCUUGAUAGAAAGGCAUUCGCAAUGUCUACCAUAGCAACACCACCACCACCACCACCACCAUCACCACCACAUUUGGCCAUAUAUCUGUGACUGAUGGGAAUACAUUACACACACAUAUUUCCACUGUGACUCGCCCCUCUGAACUUCUUUCUGUUGUCCACGUCCCCACCAGACAAACAUAGCCAUCGUCAUGGCGGGGUCACAGGCACCCAAGCCCAUGAGCAUCAAGGAAAUCGCCAGCAAAGCAGAUGAUUUUGAUUUCAAUCCCUCGAUCGGACUCAAAUACUGGCUUCGAACCGCCGAUACUUUGCUGCGAGAGGUAGGAGAUCUUUCCUUUCGCCCAUUCCAUCGCAUCGAACAAACACAUCUUGCCCCAGAUUACGACUGCUCCUACUUAUGCCCAAACUCAAACACCUUUUCCUACUAACAACAUCUUUAGGCACGCAUAUACACCCGAGAGCAUAAUGACCAGCAAGCCUAUCUCCUAUUGAUGCGAUAUGCCAGUCUUGUUAUGGACAAGAUCCCAUGGCACCCAGAAGUAAACCAACCCGAACAUCGCCAAACGCUCAAGGCCGCUAGAAAAGCCGUCCCAGCCGCCAUUGCACGUUUGGAGCUUCUAAAGCCCUCAAUCGAUGCACGAUGCUUAGCAUGGGAGAAGGAAAUGAAUCGGCGGCGAGAAGCGGAUGCUGCCGCGGACGAAUCUAGCUCAAGGUCGCAAUCACGAAUGGCUGCAUCCGAUCCGGCAGUGGCUGGCAAUACGUUGACCUUAGGGGCAGCAGAACAUAGCGAGCUGGCAGUCAAAAUAGGGAAUAGUGAGGCUAGGAGAAGAGAUGCAGCGCGGAGAUCACGUCAGGCGGGCGUCACGGCCGAAGAAGAGCAUGAAAGACGGACUGCCGGGUUAUGGGAUGAUUGGGAGGCAGCGCUUUCGAAAGAUGGUGCUGCCUCUUCGCGGCAGGAUGAUCAUAUGAGAUUAAAUAUGGAGGCAUCCAGGAGAAGAUUGGAUGGGCCAAAUGAUAUUCUGCCUGGUGCUAUUCGACAACGACCACCAAGACCGCUCCCACGCCCUACUCGCCCAGAUCAACAAAGAAAUGGACAUAGCGAAUAUCAUUACCCUUCGAUAAAUAAAUCUCAACCUCUGAGAUAUGACGAUAAUUCCUAUGAAUCCAGACCACGAUCAGAGUCACCUCGUGAAGCACCUCUACCGCCAAAGCCACCAAAAGAGCGCCUUGAGCAACCUCUAUCAGCACCUCCUCCACCACCUUACCCCGGCAGACCAGAGGAGGAAAUCCCUUCCAACACUUCUGUCAAACCUCCACCAAGUUACACCUUCCGACCUUCAGCAUACCUCGAGAAUGGCAACCCACUAAGAACAGUCUUCCUUCCUCCGACCCUACGCCAAGAAUUUCUUGCCCACGCAGCCUCCAACACCCGAAAGAAUUUAGAAACUUGCGGAAUGCUGUGUGGGACCUUGAAGUCGAAUGCGCUUUUCAUAUCCAAAGUUGUCAUUCCAGAACAAGAAAGCACAAGUGAUACAUGUGAGACAAUCAACGAGAGUGCAUUUUUCGACUACUGCGCUGCGGAGGAUUUGAUGGUUUUGGGUUGGAUUCAUACGCAUCCUUCACAGACUUGUUUCAUGAGUAGUCGAGAUUUACAUACGCAUGCCGGAUACCAGAUUAUGAUGCCGGAAAGUAUUGCGAUUGUUUGUGCACCGAGCAAGGAUCCUUCGUGAGUCUACCCUGUACCCCUUCAUCCUCCAUUAAUUCUUGCGUAUUCGGCUAAUUCUUAUGGCAGAUGGGGCAUUUUCCGCUUGACAGAUCCGCCGGGCAUGCAGAGUGUGUUGAGUUGCCGCAAGACGGGCUUAUUUCAUCCACAUGAUGAGCGGAAUAUAUAUACGGAUGCCCUCAGACCGGGGCAUGUUUUUGAGGCUGAAGGGUUGGGUUUUGAGGUUGUGGAUUUGAGACCUUAGGUGUUUGUGGGCAUGAUUUCGGCGACCUUUUGCUGGGAUGUGGUGGGAAAGCAAGCACAGCGUUGGCGUUUAGCUUCUGGUGUUCACUGGGUUUUUGGGCGGGUGUUUUACUACAGGUGCGUGGAUGUUAGGAAUAUAUUAGAUGACUUU